AUGACUAUCAAACAUUCUGAAACAAAAUGCGUUUCAUUUCAUCAUUUAUAUAGAUUUCGCUUCGUCCACCUCACCCUUAUGUCGGAUUUUAUUGCUACACAACUGAAAAAGGUUGAGCCAUACCUCAAGAAAUUAGGUUUGGAGGCGGACGCACAGAAUUUUACAGGAAACGUGAUUAACAUCAUAAAGACCAAAAAGAAGUACAAUAUAGUAUUUAUGGACGUGUUGCAUAGCAUUAUAACGCACAAUCAGUGCACAGAAUACGACGAAGUUUUAGAUCUUUACUAUUCGUUGAAGCCUUCUAUGCUGGUUAUAAAGGCGCUGAGCACAACGCUGUAUAUGCUGCCCUUUCUGAACAACGAGCAGCUGAAGAAGCUCUUUGUGUUCAACCUGGCGAUAUGCAACAGAAAGCACGAAAGAGAGGUGGCAACAAUCGCACAGGCAACGACAAUACAGAUGAUUACAACAAUAAGGGACGAGAGAACGGAUGAUUUACCGGCUAUCAUCGAUCUGUUGGACGAAAAAAAUGUUUUCAACCUGAAACUUCUGAAAGAAGUGAUUGCAUACAUCGACAAGCCGGUCAACUUACGUUUUGAAAGCGAUGAUUGGGACUAUAAGAAAGAGGCUAUGAGCCUUAUCGAUGAAAGGAACAAGUUUAAAGUUGAUAUAGACUAUUUUAUGAUGUACUACGAUAAAAACGAGGAGAUAAUACUUUCGGCAUUCUUGGGGUGCAACAGACACAGUAUCAACAAGAACGGCCAAACGAUACAGAACAUGGAUGACCAGGUGGUAAAACUGAACCAGCACAUUCUCAAAGACAAUGAUGACGUUAUAAAAUUGCUUGAGCCGUGCAUCAAAAACAUCACCUUUGCGAACUCGCCGAUAAACACCUUGCGAUUCAUUUUCAUUUACACGGUGUGCCAGAAAUACCGCGCGAACACCACCAAUUACGUUGAGCUGCUUGCCGAGAAGUACGAAAAAAGUUGCUAUGAUACGUAUGUGGUGAGUAUUGUUGGAGUUGUGAUCAAGAGCUGUUUGCUGGAUAGCCAAAAGAAGAACAAAAUUGAUUUUAAGCGGUUCAACGAAAACGUAGGCGGUAGCUAUGCAAGCGACCUGACCAAUGAAGGCAGAUAUGAGAAUGUAAAACUUGAUGGUGGAAACGAAGCAGAUAAUGCCGAAGAGGGAUGUUCACUUGCAUCAUUGGAUAUAGAACACGAUCACAACAAGAGUGACGAUGAGGAGAAUACCGAGGAGUGGCACGAGGAUUAUGAAAUAGAUGCUGCAGAAACUUUGACCCAGGACAAUGAGGAAAACAAAGUAUCUGGUGACAUAUGCCUGGGACAGAACAAAAAUGAUGAUGAUGUCGCACUGAUAAAUCCGCUACUCCUCUUUUUCGUCAAAGCAUUUCCCAAAGAAACGAUUGAUCUCAUAUCGCCCCUACAAUUGAACACCUCAUGGCCAAUCGUGAUAAACAACCUGUCGGAUGCGCAUGUUCUUGCUUUGUUCACGAAGCACAUCGUUGAUCUUUCGAACUUCAUACUCUACAAUAACCGGUUUGUCAAGGAGAUGUACUUUGCUACCUUUAAAAACCUGUGUGAAAGUGAUUUCCGCAACAUCCUGUUCAAACUGGAACUGUACGAAUGUGAAAGCGUAGUUUUGGAAUAUUACCGCAAAAAUGAUAACGAGGAUGUCAUCGUGGAUUACCUAACGAGGCGUUUACAGCCGGCAGGCGAGUCAUUGGAUCUGACCGCUCAAAAGUGCUUGAAAAGUGACUACACAGAAAGAAGUGACGAUGAAGCAGAUUCUGCCAAUGAAAACAAUUCCUCUGUCUCAAUAGACAAUAAUAACCUCAUUCUUAAGAUUGUUUAUCAACUGAUCAAGAUAAAAGUGUUUAAGAAUCUCGAUUUCAUUUUCACAUGCCUGGCAAACAGCACUAACAACUCCUUGAAACUCAAAAUACUGGGCAUCAUCUCCAAAAAAGAGCAGAGCACCCGUCUUAUAAAAUCUAUCUUCGGUGUUGCAAUGGAUAAGAACAUCAACUUGGCAUUAGCAGCAUUAGAACUGAUACGAAGCGUCGAACUCAAUGAUACGACGUACUUAUAUUCGCUGAUCACAUUGAUAAAUGAUGAAAGACUCGAUGUGUAUGAUACGGCCAUAUCUAUCCUGUUCAGCGUUCUGAACGGACGAAUGGUGGAGGGCGAUCUUGCGGACGAGUGCAUCGGCGAGGUAGUUAAUAGGAUGGAAAGACUAUGCUUCAGAAAGGAAUAUAACGGUUUUGAAAACAGAAAUGAUUCCGAAGUUGGUGAAGAUGCCGUCCACAAUAAUUUGAAUGUCUUAAGCGCCGCUCAAAACGUUAAUGGCUCGGACAAUAAUGAGAAUAACAGCAAUUAUCUUACAAAUGACGGAGAAUCAUGUGUUGAAGAUGGUGCAAAGACAAGUAAUGUGCAAAAAAUAGUAUCAAGAACCUUUGUGCGGAAAGAUUUGGUUGACAGCCACCAAAUUUAUGAGAAGUUCUUACUCUCAUCAUAUCUGACUCCGAACAUGCUCUCGCCUCGCCAAGAAAAAUCUGUCAAAUUUACUUUUUCCGAACUUACCAACUUCAUUUAUCUUCACCAGAGUACAAACCUUAGCGACUCAUUUUUUGUUUUUCUGUCCGAACUUUUUUUGAAAUGUGCAUUUAUAUGUGAAAACGUGAUCAAUUUUAUGCUUGAAUAUAGAAAAACAAGUUAUGUGCUGUUCGUAUGUUACUUACGAAUGGUUAGAGAGGUUGGCAUGGGUUACAAGGAUCAGGUGUAUGAAAAAAUGCUCAAGCUUUUUUUCAAUUUCCUCAACUCCAAUGAGACUGACGCUACGAACGACUUUUCAAACAUUCACAUCGAUACGCCAGGCAUUUCACAGUCUAUCGAUGCGCAACCAAGUAGUGUGAUGGAGCAGCCCACGAAACUGCACCAUAACGUGGAAAACGACCGAGUGACGGAGUUCUCAAUUGCAGGGAUCAAGAUCAAAAAGAGCGAGAUAACAGAUCUCCUUCACUCACUCUCUCGCUUCCGUAACUACGAGGUUCUUCAGAUUACAAAGACUCUUCCGCAGGACAUCGUGUUGCCGUUCUAUAUGGACUGGCUCCCAGAUCCUAAAAUUAUAGAAGUAAUAAACGAUGGCUCGCAAUUCAGCACAGAGUGUUUGAACAAAUUAAUGAAGAUAAAAAUGAACUGGGAGGAAAAAGCAGGUAUCCUACAAAAUUUGAGGAUUGAGGAAGACAAUCUGGAGACAUUCAUCGAAAACAGCACAGAAGUAAUGAUAGAGGGAUUUGAUAGUUUGGAAAGCGAGCGAUUUAUGUCCAGCAUUGCGUGCCAUAGCUCUAUGUACGGCGAAAAUAACACUGUGAACCUCAACAUAUCACAUGAGAUACCAAGCAAACGAUGUGACAGAGAAAGGGAGAAAAUAAUUAUCUGCUAUCUCACCAAAUACUACGAAAUUUUGAGGAAACACAAAAAAUUAGAUAGUAAAUCGUUACAAGUCUUCUAUCACCUUUCGAAAGUGAAGAAAAGCAACAUAAACGUAUCGUUCCAUGCCUACAAAUAUCUUUUCGAAAUCAAACCAGACUAUUUGUGCACGAGAAUAAAGGAAGCAAUAUGCGAAUAUUUAGUGGAUUUGAUAAAAUAUGAACAUUUGUUCAACAGGUGCAAAAGAGAUGAGAUCAUGUAUAUUUUGGAUAAAAUGGAUAGAGAAACAACACUGAUGGUCGGUAAAAGCAUUAUAGAGCUAUUGAAGUGCAAGGAUUUAGAGGUAAUAGAAAAAGUAUAUUGUGUGCUGAAAAGCAUAUAUUAAAAG